AAAAAAGUAUUGUUAAGACAGUAAGUAAAGACGUUCUGUGCCCGGCUUUCCUUUCUCCAGCUGCUCCUCCCAGUCUAAAAAACUUGUGCUGGUGGUGACGUUGUCUGAGUUCUCCUGAACCGCAACAUAUACUGCAAGUUGCAGCGAGAUCCAAACUAUCUCCCACUAAAGUUAGUAUGUAUCAAUAUAUGGGACAACAAUGACAAAUAAACACAUCGAUCAACCCUCCGCUUCCUAGCAAUGACACCUGGAAAGAAACUCAGGGAUCCGCACACUUCGGAGAUGUACUUAUGAAAGCCCAGAAACGAACAAAACAUCAUGGCAACCAUGAAGAACUAUGAGACGUCAAAACUGCUGAUGCCAUAAUGAGAACCUACACCCGCGGGGCACCAACAGUGUUUUUCACACAUUUGAUCUGCUCCUUGUUGGCCCUCCGAGUUGAUGAAAACCAUGGUGCUGGAAUUCCCUUCCAAAAUGGAAAUUAUGACGGCCACCCCAUGCUUUACUUCAGUAAGGGAGAGGUGGGGGACCUUCAACUUAAAGCUCAGGGUACCCACCGACACAUUGCAAGCAAGAUCCAGGAGGCUGGGCAGACCAUGCUGGCUAGCCCAAAGCAAUACCUCCCUCCCUGGGAACCAGCGGAUUUUAGUGCUCGAUGGAAUGAGAUCUACGGGAACAACCUUGGUGUGCUGUCCAUGUUCUGUGUGCUUUAUCCUGAGACCACAGGGGCGUUGGAUCUGGCUAAAGACUACAUGGAGAGGAUGGCAGCUCAGCCUAGUUGGUUGGUAAAAGAUGCUCCUUGGGAUGAAGUACCUUUAGCUCACUCGCUUGUUGGAUUUUCUACUGCAUACGACUUUCUGUACAACUACCUGAGCAAGUCCCAGCAGGAGAGGUUUCUGGAGGUGAUUGCCAAUGCCUCCAGGUACAUGUAUGACAAGUCGUACAGCCAAGGAUGGGGGUUUCAAUAUCUGCACAAUCACCAACCUACUAACUGCGUGGCACUAUUGACAGGAAGCCUUGUACUAAUGAACCAAGGUUACCUCCAGGAAGCCUACUUGUGGACUAAGCAAGUUUUUGCAAUAAUGGAGAAGUCACUGGUACUUCUGCAAGAUAUAACUGAUGGAUCCUUGUAUGAAGGAGUGGCUUAUGGGACCUACACCACCAGAUCCCUCUUUCAGUACAUGUUCCUGGUCCAGAGACACUUUAAUAUCAGCCACUUUGACCACCCCUGGAUCAAACAGCACUUUGCCUUCAUGUAUAGAUCUAUCUUGCCAGGCUUUCAAAGGAGUGUGGCCAUUGCAGACUCAAACUACAACUGGUUCUACGGUCCCGAGAGUCAGCUGGUAUUCAUGGAUAAUUACAUCAUGCGUAAUGGAAGCGGGAACUGGCUGGCGCAGAUGAUCCGUCAGAAUCGAGUGGUGGAAGGGCCCGGUUUGGCAGGGAAGGGCCAGCGCUGGUGCACACUUCACACUGAGUUCCUCUGGUAUAAUGCUUCUUUGGCUCCAAUGCCCCCUCCAGAUUUUGAAAGAUCAAGACUGCACUUCUUUGAAGAUUGGGGCGUUGUUACUUACGGAAGCUCACUACCAGCUCAAAUCAACAAUAGCUUCUUGUCCUUCAAAUCAGGAAAGCUGGGGGGGCGUGCUAUAUUUGACAUUGUACACCAGAACAAAUACAAAGAGUGGAUCAAAGGGUGGAGGAACUUCAAUGCUGGUCACGAACACCCAGACCAGAACUCCUUUACAUUUGCACCCAACGGCGUGCCUUUCAUAACUGAAGCCCUGUAUGGACCGAAGUACACUUUCCUCAACAACGCCUUGAUGUUUUUCCCUGCUGUUUCCGAGAGCUGCUUUGCACCAUGGGAAGGCCAGGUGACUGAAGCCUGCAAUUCCAAGUGGCUCAAGUAUAAACAUGGACUUGCUGGGGACUCACAGGGCAGGGUGCUAGCAGCUCUGGAGAGGAAAGGAAUGAUAUUUAUUCGAGGCGAGGGAAUGAGUGCCUACAACCCUGCGCUGAAGAUAAGGAGCGUGCAGAGGAACCUGCUUCUUCUGCACCCUCAGCUGUUGCUCCUGGUGGAUCAAAUCCACUUAGAAGAAGACAGCCCCAUUGAAUCAGCGAGCUCUUACUUUCACAAUACUGAUAUGCCCUUUGAGGAGACAGCAAUAGAAGGGGUCCAUGGAGCCUUUAUUAGACAUAAGGAUGGGUUGUAUAAAAUGUUCUGGAUGGAUGACACUGGCUACAGUGAUAAAGGGGUUCUGGGGUACAGGGACUAUCCACGUGGCUACCCGUACAAUGGAUCUAACUAUGUGAAUGUGACUAUGCCACUGAGAAACCCGCUAACCAGGGUGGCAUACAUCUUUUUUGGGCCUGAUGUGGAUGUUCAGAGUUUCAGUAUUCGUGGGGAUGCACAACGAGUGGACAUUUAUUUGGUGGCAAAUGAUCACACAUACACAGUAUACCUUCUCACAGGGGAAGUGGCCAGCAAGCCACUCUUUGCCAUGGUGCUCGCUGACCGCCAAAAGAUUGUCUUUGAGAGGGCAGCAGGAGUCAAGGAUGCCCCGCCUCCGGAGGUGAGCAACUAUUUGGGCCUGGUUGAAGACAAUCUCCAACACGUCAAACCCGUCUUCCAGCAGCUCGAAAAGCAGAUCCUGGCCCGUGUUCUGAACACCGAUAAUUUCAGGAAAACAGCAGAGCAGCUCCUGCAGUUUUCAGACAAGAAGAAAACGGAAGAAGUCAUUGAGAAAAUGUUUACUCUCUCCCAGGAGCAGGGCAAAGCCAAAAACACUAGAAAAGAAAGUCUAACAAACAGACUUUCGGAGAGCCUGCCUGACAUUUUUGCUCAAAGCAGGAAGGUGGUAUAUGAAGAAAACCCAGAAGAAGGUGAAGGAGAUGCAAGAGAUUUCCUGGACUACAGUGACCGUCGCCGUGCAAAAGGCAGAAAGGUUGGGUUUGUAAAAAGUCGUAAAUAUAAAGAAGUUCUGAUGGAUUCCAUUGUGAGAAGCACUGAGCCCACAAUCUCAGCUUCCUACAUCAGGCUCUUCCUGAUUUUGAAUAUUGCCACAUUUUUUAUGUUGUUGAUAUUACUGUUGACUCGAUUUCAGAUGACCCAAAGUGUGCACACACAGAGAUGCUUCUAUGGAAUCCUUUUAAUAGACUGCUUUAUCUUGCUGUGUUUAUAUUCUUCUUGUUCACAAGCACAGUGUUAAAUGCAGUCUACGUUGUGGAGAAGAAUCUUUGGAGAGACUAACUUUGGAGAAGUGGCAUCCCAAGGAACCUAAGCCAACUGUAAAUGAUAUGGAGCAUGGAAAAAUGAUGUUAUGAAAUUGUUAGGCUUUCAGUUUGUGAUCCUUUGUUAAACGAUCUAUACAAAACAUUAAUAGCUCAAUAAUGUAUCAAAAGGGUAUAGGAAUUGUACAUAGGUGUCAAAUUAGAUAUAUUUUUUUCAGAGGAAAUUUGAUCUGUUUGAUCAAUGCCGAAUACAAAAUCAACAGUGUGUAGAAACAUUGUAUUAUAUUGUUGGGCUUCCAGUCCAAGAAUGUAGCAGCGGUGUUCUGUUUUGAGAUCCACUUCCUUUUAACACAAUUGGUGCAAUGGUAUUUGCAACAAAGAAAACAAAAAACAUAUACAUAUUGUGGCAAAGUGCCCCGCCCCUGUGUGCAUUUGUGUGUUCUGUGUAUGUAUGUUGCGUGCGUGUGUUAAUGUUGGUGUAUAGAUUGGUACACGGGAUGUAAACGGGUCUGUGUUUCACGUGUGUUUAAAUUGUAUAUUUGUAUUUAGGCACGGGAUUGCACAUCACGCACGUGCAUUUAAAAUAUAAUAUGUGAACACAGGGUUUCACGUAAUGAAUUCACGUGCUGGGAUUCAAGUGAGUAAUUAAUUAGUAAUUGAAUCCCAGCACAACAGUAUAUAUAGAUGCACGUUUCUGUCACUUGGGGUUUGGGUGUUCGAGAGUGGAGAACGGGUGAGAGAGAGAGAGAGGAGAGUUAAAAUCAUUAAAAGUAAACGUAAAGUGUUUGUUCUCACCGUGUUUGUUUGUCUCUCCGUGCACCGUUUGUUUAGUGUUAGUCCGUUUUGUCUGUCUUUUUAUUUUGGCUACAAGUGCCGUGUCCUGUGUUUUGUGUACCGUUUAAAACCUUUUAUUUGUUAAUAAACGCUGAGUGCAGCCAUUGCACUCAGCUCAUCACAA